AUGACGGCGACUCGGGGCGAUUCGAAUGGGACGUCUCUGGAGCAGAUUCUGCCUCAACUUCGACCCAAGCGUCCGACGCCAGCUCGAGGAGUUCUCUCUCCGCCACAUGCGACUCGACAGCCUCAAGAUGCUCCUCGUCUAAGCGAAUCCGCAGCUACUUUUCCAGUGGCUCGACUCGUGGAGACGUCUCUGUACUUCUGGACCGUAGUGGCAGUCAUCCUCGGCAUUUUUCUAGCUUGUCUUGUUCUGUACAUGCUUUACUUUAAAGAGGGUGGGGAUCUCACCCCCACGCUACCAUUCAACCUGGCUGCGUACGGUGGUUUAACCGUCACGUUGGCCUCCUGUUUUGGGCUCUACGGGCUGCUGCAACACCGAAGAAUUGUCACCGAAGGAGGACGCAACUACUCGCUUGGAAUGGUGCGAACCAUCGGAGCCAUCGUUGUGGUUGUCGCUGGGGCGAUGGCGUUGUCGCUUGUAAGUACCGUCGAGCAAGCACAAGACGGAGACUUUUCGAGCGAUCGGGUCGUCGUGUUAGAGACGAAUGUGAUAAUGAGGCUACACACCCAAGUCUUAAAGAGCAGCUCGUCGUGGCAGAGUACACAGAACGAGCUGAAAUGCUGCGGCUACGACCGAGUUAGUGUCAUGCAAGAAAAUCUAAGCCCCAGUUCUUCGUGGGACGCUUCGCUUCAGACCGCAGUUGAAGACGCGAAUGCUAUCGCAGGCAGAUACUGCUCCAGUCGCGUGUCCGAGUGCAUCAGAACGGCGUCUGAACCGCAUUGUCCCGUUCCAGGCCGAGAGUUUUGUCGUGUCGAGUUGCUAAAAGUUGCGCAGGCCAACUAUUCUCUACUCGGCAUCUGUGCGAUCACGUUGGGGGCAACGCAACUUAUCUUCAGCGUCUUUGGACUGUUUACAUUACUCUGUGACGUCCGUCGGAUUAGCGGGUCGUCUCCGAUCUACCUGAUGCGACACCGAACGCUGUCGCCGAUCCAACCAAAUACUGAAGUCUAG